GAAAGACACGAGAUUCCAACGUGGCAUCCAUUUCACUCCAUCUCCGCGACCUAUUGAUCAGAGAGCGAGCUAAGUCCAAUCGUCUCAAUUCCGAUCUCCCUCCGCCACCACCGCCGCCGCCAAACUUUUUCCAUUUCCCAACGAAACUUAUCCUCACUAAGAAUCCCAACCAUGUCCCUGAAUAUGAAGACUCUAUCCCAGGCGUUCGCCAAGGCCUCUGCAGCGAUCGAAAAAACGGUUCAAACUACGGUUCAAGAAGUCACCGGUUUACCUAGAGCGUUACAGGACUACGAGCUUUCGGAACAGAUCGGCUCAGCCGGGCCGGGUCUGGCUUGGAAGCUUUAUUCCGCUAGGUCACGUGGCGGCCACUUGCCGACCGUGUAUCCGACCGUCUGCGUAUGGGUAUUGGACAAACGGGUCUUGUCAGAGGCCCGACAGAAGGCUGGGCUUUCGAAAGCAGCUGAGGAUGCGUUCCUGGACGUGAUUCGGGCCGAUGCUGCCAGGCUAGUGAGGCUGCGGCAUCCCGGGGUUGUCCACGUUGUCCAUGCGUUGGAUGAGAGCAAAAGCUCCCUGGCUAUGGUCACUGAACCACUUUUCGCAUCCGCUGCUAAUGCACUGGGGAAUGUGGAGAAUAUUGCCAAAGUGCCUAAGGAGCUCAAGGGAAUGGAAAUGGGACUGUUGGAGGUGAAGCACGGUCUUCUCCAGAUCGCAGAAACCUUGGAUUUCCUUCAUAACAAUGCUCGCCUCAUCCACCGGGCUUUAUCACCUGAGGCUGUCCUGAUUACAUCAAAUGGAGCCUGGAAGCUUGGUGGCUUUGGUUUUGCGAUAUCAACUGAUCAGUCCUCCAAUGAUUCUGCAAACGUGCCUUCUUUUCAUUAUGCUGAAUAUGACGUUGAAGAUUCUAUUCUCCCACUUCAGCCAUCAUUAAACUACACUGCCCCUGAACUGGUUCGAAGUAAAACAUCUUCAGUUGGGUGCUCCUCUGAUAUUUUCAGUUUCGGAUGCCUGGCCUACCACUUGAUUGUUCACAAGCCUUUGUUUGAUUGCCACAACAAUGCGAAGAUGUACAUGAAUAGUUUGACUUACUUAUCCAGUGAGGCUUUUUCCUCCAUUCCGAGGGAGUUGGUACCCGAGUUACAGAGAAUGCUUUCUGCAAAUGAGGCUAUCAGGCCGUCACCCAUGGAUUUUACAGGCUCACCUUUUUUCCGGGAGGAUACUAGGUUGCGUGCUCUCCGCUUCCUGGAUCACAUGCUUGAGAGAGAUAACAUGCAGAAAUCAGAGUUUCUAAAAGCAUUAUCAGACAUGUGGAAGGAUUUUGACUCUCGUGUAUUGCGGUAUAAGGUUCUUCCCCCUCUGUGCGCAGAGCUUCGAAAUUUGGUAAUGCAGCCAGUGAUCCUACCUAUGGUUCUGACCAUAGCAGAGUCUCAGGAUAAAAACGAUUUUGAGCAAUCGACCUUACCAUCUCUUGUUCCAGUCCUGGAUAUGGCUGUGGGUGAGACAUUACUGCUACUUGUGAAGCAUGCUGAGCUUAUUAUCAACAAGACUAGUCAGGAGCACCUAAUUUCUCAUGUCCUGCCUAUGUUCGCUCGAGCUUAUGAUGAAACCGAUGCACGCUUGCAAGAGGAAGUUCUGAAAAAGACGGUUUCGCUUGCAAAGAAACUUGAUGUUCAGUUAGUGAAACAAGCAAUUUUGCCCCGUGUUCAUGGCUUGGCUCUUAAAACAACCAUUGCUGCGGUGAGAGUGAAUGCUUUAUUAUGUUUGGGUGAUAUGGUUCACAUGCUGGGUAAGCAUGGUGUUUUCGAUAUCUUGCAAACGAUUCAACAAUGUAUUGCUGUUGAUCGUUCUGCUCCAACUCUUAUGUGUACCCUUGGAGUUGCGAACUCAAUUUUGAAGCAGUAUGGAAUUGAAUUUGUAGCAGAGCACGUUCUUCCAAUAGUGACUCCACUAUUAAUUACCGGGCAAUUAAAUGUUCAGCAGUUUGCUAAGUACAUGUAUUUUGUCAAGGAUGUACUGAGGUAA